GCUUUUUUCCGGUCCGCCGGAUUAUGAAUGACGUUGGGCGGGGGGGAUUUCAGACACUUUGCCUCGUCUUUAUUUUCGCCCCUUUCCCCAGCUCAGGUCCUUGCUGGAGGCGAGUGCACCUCCUCAGGCCGCGGCUUCCAGAAGUAGCCUCGGAAUCCUGGCUCGAGCUGGGCGGGAAGGCGCGGUGGCCCGCGUCGCCCGCAUGCUCCCGCGCCCUCCCUGCCUGGCCGCGCCCCUGCGACCAGGUGACCCAAUGACGACAGAAAAUGAAAGGCAUUAAGAAAAGCCCCACAGAAGAAUCUCUGUACCUGGAGUACUCUCACCAGACAGAAGGGUGCAUCUUUCCUCUCCACACAUCUGUAACUUUGUUUUUAUUAUCAUACUGUGAAUGCAAAGUCUUUAACGUUUGCUUAGUCCUUACAGAAGAAAGUACGGACACUUCACUCCUGAAAGAGGCACUGCCCCAGGACAUAGAAAUACAGGUCAUUUCAAAGCAGGCGCUCCCUCCGAUAGUCCAGAAUUGUUGCUUGCCUGCUGUGGUAGAUCAACCUGAUGUUUUUUGUAGAGCAGGACUUGCUGUAGUCCUAAGACACAUAAUCCAGAAAUCCUAUGAAGCUGAGCCCUCAAGAAAAGAAAUUUUGGAACUUCUGGGUUUUAAAAAGACUUGCUUGAAAGCCUGUGCUGAAGUUAGUCAGUGGACCAGGCUAUGUGAACUCACCAUCCCUUUGGCUGUUGAGAAUUUUCUCCAGGAAUCCUCUGACCAGCCCCCAACUAUCCCUGAAGAAAUACUAGAGCUUGAGAGAAAGCUCAGCGAGCCUGUCAGAGUACACAAUGAUGACAAACUCCGGAGACAGAAGCUGAAGCAGCAGAAGGCUGCUGGCAGUGAGCCUCCCUCUGGUAAGGGAAUAGCAAAGAGCAAGGCGAGUGCACAGAAGACACCCAAAGACUUGGCUGCUUCUUCCAAGAGUCUAGAACUGAAGGUGGCGUUCUCAAAGCUCACAGUGCAAGAGGAUGCAGCUGCUACCAAUAGGGAGCCUUCCCACAUCAGGAAAACAAAAGCCUCUGAUCUUCCGCCUCUGGAGCACGUGUUUGCAGAAGGACUGUACUUCACUUUGGCAGACAUCGUGCUUUUGCCCUGUAUUCACCACUUUUUGGUAAUUAUCUGCAAGAAGUUUUCAGAGAAGCUGGAACAGUUUCCACUACUAACCUCUUGGUAUCAGAGGAUUCAGGAAGUGCCAAAAGUCAAAGCAGCAGCUUCUAAGUGUGGGAUCUACUUUCUGUAUUUACCAGAGUUGCUGAACUCUGCCAGUAAACAGCCUGUGAACUGUAAUGAAGUAGCAGCUGCAGAUGAGCAGAAUGACCCUUUAUUUAUAGGAGGACCAAGACCGACUGUGACCAAGUUAAUGGAAAAAGGCAUUGAAGCGAUGUUUUCUCCACACCCUUGUCCUGCUUGGACCCUUGACUGGAGCAGCCUUCCUGCUGCCGUCAGCCCGAAGGAAGGUAAAAUGUCCACUGACCGAGCUUUGAGGAAGCAGCAACAGUUAAACAACCUUGCCUAUCUGGUGAUAAAUCAAGCCAAACCUGGAGACAGAAUUGUGGAUUUCUGCAGUGGUGGGGGCCAUGUUGGAAUUGUUCUUGCCCAUAUGCUGCCCUCAUGCCAGGUUAUAUUAAUAGAGAACAAGGAAUUAUCAUUAAUCCGUGCUAAGAAGAGAAGUGACGAACUUGGGUUAAGCAAUAUUUGGUUCAUUCAAGCAAAUAUGGAGUAUUUUACAGGAAUGUUUAACAUUGGGGUGGCCUUGCACGCUUGUGGAGUAGCAACAGAUAUGGUGAUCGAGCACUGCAUCCAGAUGCGAGCUUCCUUCGUCACAUGCCCCUGCUGUUACGGGUUCAUUCAGAACACAUCCAAGUUUAAUUUCCCAAAAAGUGAAAAAUUCAAGAAAACGUUAUCAUACAAGGAACACAUGGUCCUCUGCAGAUUUGCAGAUCAGACAGCUGUCCAGCUUCCAGCCCAGCGGAGACUUAUAGGGAAGCAGUGCAUGUGCCUGGUGGAUCUGGACCGAGCUACAGCAGCAGAAGAACACGGCUACUCUGUUCAAGUGAUUUCUAUGGAGCCAGAGAGCUGCUCUCCCAAAAAUAACAUGAUUGUGGGUGUCCCAGUGUAGAACGGGCACUCACACUUGAUGCUUUGCCAUUGGCCUCAUGAGGAAAGCCCAGGGGUGUCCAGGGAGUUGGUGUGUUCCUGGAAGCAGCCCUGAGCAUCCUGAGCCUGUUGAAAAAGCUCCAGGAAGAUCUUGGAAGAGGGGUGCUCUGGCCGUGUGCGCAGGAUGCCUGGCUUCUUAGAGGGACUACCCUGCAGCCUUAGCUGCCAAAAGAACCAUUCUCAGUGGCCAGUUUCCCCCAGCAGAACCAUUUCCUCGCCUUUUCCUGAUGGUGUCAGUGGGAUGCUCAGCCCAGGCUAUGCCUCACAGCCUCCACUUUAUAAUCAAUCUUUAGAUGUUCAUACUUCGUGAACAGAACUAAACUCAAGGUGGUUGUGGUUUUUAUAGUUUCAGCAAUGUAUCUUUUCUAUAGAUCUUUUAAAUCUAGGAUGGUAAAUUUUGAUGUGAGUUUUCUUUUUUUAAAUCUGAGAUGGGUUGAAUUUGCAUAUCAUGUACUAUCCUCCUUUUAAAUAUAUGUCCCAUAAAUUAACAAA